AUGGCGAGCUCCUUCGAAAAGUCGGUCAAGGGCGCCACCAAGAUCAAGGCUGCGCCGCCGAAGACCAAAUACAUCGAGCAUAUCCUCGUCGCGACUCAUGCCGGCGAAGCAGGAGUCGCCGAAGUAUUCCGAGCACUCCAGUAUCGUCUAAGGGACUCAACUUGGACAGUGGUUUUCAAGAGCUUGAUCACGGUGCACUUCAUGAUCAGAGAAGGGUCCCCAGAUGUCACCCUAUCAUACUUAGCAAGGCAUCGGAAUGCCCUGGCGAUAAGCAUGUUCUCGGACGCACAAACGCAAGGACGGAACAUCAGACACUACUCAAAUUACUUAUCCGAACGGGCGCGGGCAUACCGAGACACAAAAAUCGACUGGGUCAGGGGCAGGGAGACUCGCCUAGAGAAGUUGACAGUGGAAAAGGGACUGCUGCGCGAGACCGAGGCGGUUCAGUCGCAGCUGACUGCUCUCCUCAAGUGCGAUGUCAUGGACAACGAUCCGGAAAACGAAAUCACCAUAACGGUCUUCAGGCUGUUGGUGCUUGACCUUCUGGCCCUGUUCCAAGCACUGAACCAGGCCAUGAUCAAUAUCUUGGGACAUUUCUUUGAGAUGUCAAAGGUGGAUGCGGAAAGAGCUAUGAGUAUCUAUCGCAAGUUCACACAGCAGACGGAUUUCGUCGUCCAAUAUCUGGGCGUUGCCCGGCAGUAUGAACACCACACGAGGGUGGAGGUGCCCAAGCUCAAGCACGCACCGGUCAACCUAGGAAAGCAACUGCAAGAGUAUCUUAGCGACCCAGACUUUGACAUGCACCGGAGACAGUACCUUGCGGAAUUGGAUGCGAAGAAGUCCGGCAAAGGUGGUUCGUCGGGAGGCUCCAAGAUGUUUCGCACCGCCAACGAGAGCAAAGCCUCGGCAAGCAAGUCAGCUUUCCCAUCGGUCAACGGUUUACAAUCAGAUUCCAAGCCUGCAGCACAGCCUGCAAAGGGUCCGGACCCGGACCUAAUUGACUUCUUCGAUUCCAUUGAGCAGAACCAGACUACCACCACUGUCCAGGCGAACCCACAGAUGCAGAUGAGCAUGCAGACGGGCAUGCCUGCCGGCAUGACUCCGUGGGGAGCGACCAGUUCAUUCCAGACCCAACCUACAGGUCAAUUUCAGCAACAAAAUGGCUUUGGGAUGCAACCACAGCCGACGGGUUUCCAGGCCACCAACCCUUUCCAGCAGCAAACGAUGGGUGCAUUCAACCCACAGCAGCAGCAAGCGCCCCAGCCUAUGCAACCAAACUUCACUGGCGCUGGGUUUGGAGGUUACACGCCACAACCGAGCUUCCAGCCCAAUUCCUUGGCGCCGAUUCCCCAGGACUCUGUCGCCUCUUUCCCGAGCGGCGGUCUUGCUGUGCCCGGCAUGCAAAUGGGACAGCAGAGUACCAACCCAUUCAGGCAAUCGAUGCUCAUGUCCCAGCCGACGGGCAUGCAGCCCAUGCAGACGGGAUUCCAGGCUCCCAUGUCUGGCACCAGCAGCCCCCCUCAGUCAACCAACCCUUUUGCCCGCUCGGCUCCUCAGGGGGCGCCGCAGAGUUUUGGCGCGCAGAACACGGGCUUCCAGACGCAGAGCCCGCCAGCCGCGGCGCCCUUGCAGCCCAUGGCCACGGGCACGAACCCGUUCGCGAAGAACUUUGGCGGGUCCCAGCCGCAGCAGCGGCCGGCCACCAGCGCAGGCCCUCUGGCCCCGCAGCCGACCGGCAGCACGAAUCCCUUCCGCCAGGGCGACUUCAUGAACCACAGCACCGGCCUGGGCUGGCAGCACAACCAGAUGCCGAUGGGAGGAGGCCUGGACCAGCUGGAGACUAUCCCCGUGUUCCCGAGGCCGGCACAGCAAUCACCAUGGCAGCAGUAA